CAGGUUUGCAUAUGACCGCCGCUCAUACACACUCAGAUACACCCAAUGUGUUACCUGGCUAGGGAAUGAUUGCUGUCUCUAUCGAGUGCGCGUUUAAUUAGAGCAGUAUUCCUACACUUGAAGUCGAUGCGCGCCGCUGGGCACGACAACACUCACCAAAGUGCUUGACUUCAUUCACUCCUGUCAGAGGAAGACACGAUGGGAUGCACUUCCAGCACUCAGACCACAGCUCAAGACACAACACGACUCAACACCAAACAAGAUGGGAGCACGUCAAGGACAAGUAAUGAAAACGGUGGUCCUGCAGCAGACAGUGAGACAAUUCCAGACCAAACCCAGGCCGAUGAAUCCCCACAGACAUCCAGUGCAGCUCCUGAAGAAAUACAGAGCUCUACAGCUGCAGAAGCUCACAGUGAACCAGAAGCGGCUGCUGCUGAGGACAUCACGUCUGAACCUGCUGAAUCCAACCCCUCCAUGACAGCUGAAAAUACUGAAGAACCAGCACCAAGUGAAAACACAACUGAGGACCAGGCCGAUUCCUCCCCACCAGAGGAAGCACCUGCCUCUGGUGAAGAUAGUUAAGUGUGCAACAGUUGGCACAGUUACUACAGAAUCCAGAUUCAACCACAAUAAAAUCAGGAUUUCACACGAAUGGUUUAAAAAUACAAUAGAACAUUAGUUUAUUUAUUAUAUAGGUAUUGCUUGUUCGUUGCCAAGACAUAGACCAAGUGGUCUUCAAAGACUGUGCCUGUCGGUAGUUAGAGAUUUCAAUAUUUCAUUAAUAUUUCAUAUUGGUGCCUCUUUUUAGUGGCUUUACCCCUGGAUAAAGAUGCGAAAAGCCAAAGAGAGUAUGAAAAUUGUGAAAGUAAAUGUGAGUUUAUUUAUAUAAUUAUAUUAUGCAAUAUUUUAACCAACUGAACUGUUACAGUAACCAGUAAAAUCCAUAUAUGUUAUAUACAUUUACAAUGACAAUGGAAAAUUUUUUGAAAAAUAGGCCUUUAUUUGAUUUAUGCUAAUAUUUUCCUGCAACAAACACGACAAAUUGAACAGAACUUUGCAAAUGGAGGAAAUGUUUUUGUGGUGUGAUGAUGACAGAUAUGUAGGAGUUUAAAAAUAAAGUUUAAUUUGAUCUGG